AUGUAUACUGAUACAUCUGUUGAGAACAAUUCAAAGAUUCAAACGGAAUAUAAUGCAAGUAAACGAGUACUAUCUUGUACUAAAACUUUCAUCAAACGAUUGAUUGCACGUAAACCAAUGGAAAUACUACAAGCUGAAAUUGAUACACGAAAUGAAUUGAGACGUGAUCUAAAUUGGAUUCAAUUACUUGCUAUAGGUCUUGGCAGUAUUAUUGGUGCUGGGAUAUUUGUAUUAAGUGGACAAGCUGCUGCAAAAUAUUCUGGCCCAUCGAUCAUCAUUUCAUUUAUUAUAACAGGUGUUAUUGCUUUAUUAUCAUCUUUAUCAUAUUCAGAAUUAGGAGCAAUGAUGCCUAGUUCUGGAUCAGUUUACACAUAUACUUAUGCAGGUCAGUUAAGUGAUUGUGUAGGUAUUUUGCUUUCAUAA